GCGUGUAGAAUCCCCCCACGCCUCCGGGAAAAAAAAAACAUUUUCCGGCUCCCGCUCAUGGAGAGAACCGGGGCGCGUACCGAUGCGAGCAGCAGCCCCUGACGCUCGGCGGCGCCUCAGUCGGUGGGAGAGGCUCGAGCCGCGGCCGCGCUCCACGAUGCUCCGCCAGGUGUUGCACACCGGCCUGAGCGGCGGCUUCCGCGCGCUCGGCCGCUUCGUGGCGAGUCACCCGGUGUUCUUCGCCUCGACGCCGGUGCUCCUCUCCAUCCUGCUGGGGGCCAGCUUCAGCCGCUACCGCGUGGAGGAGGACGUGGAGAGCCUGCUGGCGCCCAAGCACAGCCUGGCCAAGAUCGAGGGCAACCUGGUGGACAGCCUCUUCCCCAUCAACCACUCCAAGCACGCACUCUACUCCGACCUGCAGACGCCCGGACGCUACGGGCGCGUCAUCAUCACUGCCCGGCGAGGGAGCGUCCUGGAGCCGCCUCACCUGGACGCUAUACUCGGGCUCCACAGGCUCAUCUACCACAUGCAGGUGUCGGUGCCACCAUCGGGCUUCAACUACUCCUUCUCCCACCUGUGUCUCCCCGACGACAAGAACGUCUGCAUCGUCGACGACAUCAUCCGCGCCAUGGAGGAGAUCCAGUCGGCCCGUGCGGCCAACCGCACGACCUCAGUCCUCCGCUACCCCAUCACGGAGCUGGCGGACGGGCGCCAGGCUUAUAUCGGCCACCAGCUGGGCGGCGUGCAGGGCUUGGGGCCCAACGGCGCGAUGCGCGGGCAGGGCGUCCGGGGAGAUGGCGUCCGGGGCGAGGGCGUCCGGGGCGAAGGCGUGCGCUCGGCCAAGGCUCUCCAGCUGACCUACUACCUCCAAGCGCGUGGCGGCCUCAUGGAGGGCGUGGCCGGCCAAUGGGAGAUGGCCUUCCUCGGCGAGCUCCGGCAGUUUGCGGCGCUGCACCCUCAGCUGGUCCUCUACCCCGCCACGUCCGCGUCCCUGAGGACAGACUUUCAGUUCUCCUCCGUCCUGGCACGGCGCCCCCUCUUGGCCAGUUUGGGGCUGUGUGGCGUUCUGGCCGUGCUCUGCUGCUCUAUGAGGGACUGCGUCAGGUCCAAGCCGUGGUUGGGACUGCUGGCGCUGCUGUCCGUCACUCUCUCGGGCUUGACGGCCGCAGGGAUCCUCAACCUGAGCGGGUCCACCUACAAUUCCACGUACCUGGGCAUCCCCUUUGUCAUGCUGGGUCACGGCCUAUUUGGUUCCUUCGAGAUGCUGUCGUCAUGGAGACGGACGCGUGAGGACCAGCACGUGAAGGAGCGCGUGGCGAGCGUCUUCGAGGACGUCAUGCUGCGCUUCUCGGGCUCCACCCUGCUGCACCUGCUGACGCUGGGCCUGGCCGCCUCGCCGCUCACCAACAUGGAGGCCGUGCGCCUCUUCUGCCGCACCGCCGCCUUGGCGGUCGCCGUGGGCUACAUGUACAUGCUGUCCUUCUACAGCUCCUGUCUGGUCUUCACCGGGUACCUGGAGACGGGUUACAGACAUGGCUGCUUUUGCCGUAGGGUCCCCAAGCAGGACCGUCUGGACUCUAAACCGUCCUGGUACAGGUGCCUGAUGUACACCCGUUACCAGGAUGAGGAGCAGGCUACCGGCACGCCACACGGGGUCAGUCACUCCCACUCUCUGAACCUGGCCCACACGCACACGUACGUGCAUCCCCGGCCUGCAAACAACCACGAUCACGUGACCCACGGCACGCACGCCUCGGACCAACAUCCUCAGGACUCGCAUCUUCUGCUCGGCUGUGUGAGGCGUUGCUAUGGAGACUGGAUCACAAACACUUAUGUCAAGCCUUUUGUGGUGCUGCUCUAUCUGGUUUACAUCUCCUUUGGACUGAUGGGCUUCCUGCAGGUGACCCAGGGCUCGGACCCCCCCAGCGCCCUGGUCGCCAUGGAUACGGCCACCGUGUCGUACACACGCGCCCAUCAGCGCUACUUCAGCUCCUACUCGCCCGUCAUCGGCUUCUACAUCUACGAGAGCGCCCCCUACUGGAACGACACGGUGCAGUGCGACCUCCUGGAGUAUGCCAAAGGCUUCCAGAGGAUCAGCUGGCUGGAGGCCUACCUCGACUUCCUGUCCGAGCGGAACCAGUCCACCAGCCCGCCUCGGGAGAACUUCACCCGCACGCUCCGCCACGCCUUCCUCCGAGAGCCGCGCUUCGCCCACUUUGCCGACGACAUUAUCUUCGCCGAGCGGGGCCAAGGGGAGGAGCCGGAUGUGGCGGUGUCCCGCAUCUUCCUGGUCGCCAAGACGACGGAGAACAAGCGGGAGGAGAUGUCGGUGCUGCUGGACACUCUUCGCCGCCUCUCGCUCACCUCCCGAGUCCGCUUCCUCAUCUUCAACCCUUCCUUCGUGUACCUGGACCGCUACGCCACGGCGGUCAGCUCGCCUUUGCGCCACUCCCUGCUGGCGGUGCUCUUCCUGCUGGGCUUGUCCUCCCUCGCCGUGCUGGAGCCGCUGGUGUCGGUGUGGUUGGGCCUCACCCUGCUCUCGGUGCAGUUUGGCGUGCUGGGUUUCAUGACUCUGUGGGGCGUGGAGCUGGACUGCAUGUCCGUGCUGUGUCUGAUCCUGGCGCUCGGGCACGCCGCCGACUGCAGCGGGCCGCUCCUCUGCAGCUUUGCGGCGGGCAAGGGCGACAGCAGAACCCGCUGGGUGAGGGUGGCCCUGGAGAGACACGGCGUGCCCUCCCUGCAGGCCUUCAUCUGCUACGCCGCCGCCCUGGUCCCCGUAGGCUCGGUGCGCUCCAACCUGACCCGCACGCUGUUCCGCUGCCUGGCCCUGACGGCGGGCUGCUCGGCGCUGCACACGCUCGCCUUCCUGCCCGCCCUCCUCACCUUCCUGCCCCCCUCGAAGAGCCACGCCCACCGGGCCGCCGGCGGGAACACCCCCAGGCAGGAGGUGGAGUGCGUGGAGAUGAACGACAGCACACGAGUGGUCGACCAGAUCACUACGGUCUGAUGACGUCGGCAAAUCGGUUGCCAUGGAGACCGCCGUGCCGGACCACCGGCGUGCGAGCUGCGGUGUGUCGCCUGUGAAAAGAAAAAUGUAGGCUAAAGGUCGGGCCGAUUUUUAUCGAGGAAAGGAGUUGGAUGUGGCGUAUCCAUGGUAACGGGCUCUGUCCAAAAACCAAAGAGAUUAGCUGAGGCGUUCGGAUGAAGGAGAUCGGAGCGCUAAAUGUUUGCUAUGUGGGCAAAAGUAUUGGGACACACCUCUUCAUCAAUCAGUCUGGAAGAAGUGCACAUUGGAUGCUUUGGCCGUCCCGAUACUUGUGUCCGUGUCGUGAGGCAAUCACCUGUAUUUCUACCCCAACCCUGCGGCCAAUAAAGUCACGGUAUUAAACCAAG